CAACCGACCAAAAAACCUCGGGGGGGGAGUCGCGGGGGGGGGUCCUGAGAACAUCUUAUAAACCGGAUUGCACUGAGAGGAGGAAAAAAAAAAAAAGCAAAAAAGAUACAAAAUAUACAAGCAAAAGGCAACAACUCCCCGGUCUCCAGCAGUCGCCCACCCUCCCUCUCCUUCUCUCCUGCUGGCCAUCUGCCUUGGGUUUUCCUUUGUGUCUGAUCUUUUACUACUGAGCCGAGUGCAGGAGGAGGGUGCAACACACACGGGGACUAUGCCCAGCUCGCUUUUUGCAGACAUGGAGAGGAACGGGAGCGGCGGCGGCGGCGGCGGCGGCGGCGGCGGCGGCGGUGGUGGUGGAGGGGGAGAGACCCUGGAUGACCAAAGAGCCCUUCAGAUCGCCCUGGAUCAGCUCUCCCUGCUGGGGCUGGACAACGACGAGACGGGCUCCAUUUACGACAGCGAGCCUCGGAAAAAGAGCGUGAACAUGACCGAAUGCGUCCCGGUGCCCAGCUCGGAGCAUGUCGCUGAGAUAGUGGGGAGACAAGGUUGUAAAAUCAAAGCUCUGCGGGCAAAGACCAACACCUACAUCAAGACCCCGGUUCGCGGGGAGGAGCCGCUCUUUGUUGUGACGGGCAGAAAGGAAGAUGUGGCCAUGGCCCGCAGGGAGAUCAUCUCGGCGGCCGAGCACUUCUCCAUGAUCCGAGCCUCGCGGAACAAGAACACGGCCCUGAACGGCACCGUUCCCGGCCCCCCGAACCUGCCCGGCCAAACCACCAUCCAGGUGCGGGUGCCUUAUCGCGUGGUGGGCUUGGUCGUGGGGCCCAAGGGGGCCACCAUCAAGCGCAUCCAGCAGCAGACGCACACCUACAUCGUGACCCCGAGCCGGGACAAGGAGCCGGUCUUCGAGGUGACGGGCAUGCCCGAGAACGUGGACCGGGCCCGGGAGGAGAUCGAGGCGCACAUCGCCAUGCGCACCGGCGGCAUCAUCGAGCUGACGGACGAGAACGACUUCCACGCCAACGGCACGGACGUGGGCUUCGAGCUGAACGGCACGGGCAGCCUCUGGAGCAAGCCCACGCCGCCCAGCAUCACGCCCACCCCGGGCCGCAAGCCCUUCUGCAACUACCGCAACGACAGCUCCAGCUCGCUGGGCAGCGCCUCCACCGACUCCUACUUCGGGGGCGGCACGGGGGGGGGCGGCGGCGCCCGCCUGGCCGACUACAGCCCCCCGAGCCCGGCGCUGAGCUUCACCCACAACGGCAACAACAACAACAACAGCGCCAACGGCUACGUGUACGGCGGGGGCGGCGGGGGCGGCGGCGGCGGCGGCGGCGGCGACGUCCUCUCCUCCCCGGACUGCUGCUCCGAUCUGCCCUUCGACUCGCCGCCCGGCUUCGACCUGGCCCCCGCCCCGCCGCCGGGGGCCGCCCUCAUCUGGCCGCAGUUCGAGCGCGGCCCCGCCGCGCCCCCCUCGCCCGCGCCCUCGCCCGCCGCCGCCGCCGCCGCCGCCUUCCCGGGCGCCGCGCCCGCCAAUGCCAACCUGGCGCUGCUGGUGAGCGGCCCCCGGCGGGGCGGCGGCGCCCCGCCCCCGGCGCGGCUCUCCCCGCCCCUGCACGGCAGCGCGGCCGGGCCCGAGCACCCGCUGGCGCGGCGGGUGCGCAGCGACCCCGGCGGGCGGCUGCUGGCCGCCUCCUACCCGCUGUACGCCAACGGGCUGGGCUCCCACCUGCCGGGGCUGCCCUCCGACUCGUCGGCCUCCUCCUCCUCCUCGUCCAGCUCCUCGUCCAGCUCCUCCUGCUCGUCGUCCGGCGUGCGGCGGAAGGGCAGCCGCGACUGCUCGGUGUGCUUCGAGAGCGAGGUGAUCGCGGCGCUGGUGCCCUGCGGCCACAACCUCUUCUGCAUGGAGUGCGCCAACCGCAUCUGCGAGAAGACGGAGCCGCAGUGCCCCGUCUGCCACAGCGCCGUCACCCAGGCCAUCCGCAUCUUCUCCUGAGAGCCGCCGGGGCCGGGCCGGGGCCGGCGGGGCCGGGGGAGCGGCGGCCGGGGCCGGUGGGGCCGGGGCCCGCCCGGGGCGCGGGGUGCGGGCUGCCAGCUGCGAGCGCGCCGAGGGAGGGCUGGGGGGUGGUGGUGACAGCGGGUGCAUGCUAUAAAUAAUAACGGGCGACUCCAUUCUAGUGCUAGGCUAGUUUUUACACUGUACUUUAAUACGAAGCUUCCAAAACUCCCCCUUUUUUUAUAAACGACGACGGCGACGGCGACAACAAAAAAAAACCAUAAAAAAAAAUAUUGAAAGUAGGAGAUGCUUAUGAUGAUGACAAUGGUGUGUGGACUGUUAGUAAAACGUGCUGGUAGUUCCUAGGAUGCUUAUUACGAAAUAAUUAAAUCUAUGGGUGGAUACUUUUCUGAAUGUUCUUGAAAGGGCAAGAAGUUCCUGUGAAAAA